AUGGAUGGCAGCAGACUGGGAAGUGAGGUGUGGAGCCCAGCCGGCGCACCGCUGUCGGAGCAAGUCGCGAAAGCUCGCGCCAGGGGCGCCAAGUCCAAGGCCAAAGCUCGCCCCGGCCCCCGAGCCUUUAACGUGGAAGCGGCUGACGGCCCCGGCUCCAGGGAAGCAAAGGAGGAAGGUUGGGCUGAGGGAUUUGGGGACUCAUGGGACUCCUUCCCCAGUGUUGCGGAGAUGGAGGAGUUGCUUGGAGGCAAGCCGCCUGUGCUGAUGGACCUGGCUGGCUGGGUCUCGCAGCAAGUCUCUCUUGAUCGAGGCUACGUGGAGAAUGCCCUCCAGCUUCUCCAGGAGGGAACCUCCGUUCAUUUCAUCGCCUUCUAUCGCAAGGAGCUGACUGGAUGCAUGACAGAGGAGGCGUUGCAUUUCGUGGAGAGGGAGAUGAAGCGUGGACUCGCCCUGGAGCAGAGGCGAAGGCACAUGGCGCUCGAACUCCAAAGGCGUGGCCAACUCACCCCGGAGAGGCAGAUGCAGCUUCUGAGAGCAGGCACAGCAGAGGACCUCGACGAUAUUUGGGCGCCAUUUCAAGAGUCCUCGCAGGGUGCAGAUCACACGGGCCUUCACAUGGGGCCAGAGGAACUUCAACUUCUAGCCAGUCUGCUGGAGGAGUCUGCCAGGGAUCCGGAUGGUGACUGCGUGUGUGAGUCACCAGCAGAGGUUGCGGCACGCCUCCUGCAACUUUGUCAGCCAGAAGCCAAGGAAGCCAACCGGGAAAGCCCCAGCACACCGCCUCGGGGUGGAGUUGAAGCACUCAGGACAUCGAGGGUGGAGGAGACCUCGCUCAAGCGCCUGGAGCCCCACUUGCGCUUCGAGUCCCAGGAUCUCUCCACCCCUGUCAAGGCGAGCAAGAGGCGGCGUAUCCCGGCGGGCACGGAUGGGGCGCUGCUUCACGUGCAGCCCGAGGACGUCUCAGAGGAGGCGCGGAAGGACUCCGGAGCAGCGGAGCUUCAGAACCCACUCGUCCAAGCAGUGAGACUCGCGAGUGGUUGA